GAUAGAUUUGUUAGGGUUCACCUUCCCUCGCCCCCGCCCCCUUCCCUCUCUCCUCCCGCCUCAUCUCCUCCACCAUGGCCCCGACCGAGGGAUCCUCCAUGGCCGAUCUUCCUGCAGUCGAUGACGACCAAGAGGAGGAGACACCGAUCCCCCGCCCCGUGUCCUGGCUCCCUCCGCACACCCCCCACGACUGCGGCGAUCCUCCCCCAAAGUCGGUCGUCCUCGACACCCUGGUCUACGCCGACGACCGCACCAACGCCUUCACCGCCGAGGGCUUCACCAGCAACGGCCUCGCCAUCUACCUCACCUUCUGGCCCGCGCAUCCGCCGCUCAUCUCAUACUUCACCGUCCACCUACCCGGCCUCCUCCAAGACGGACCGGCCACCUCGCUCGACCUUCUGCCACGCCUUCUCCGCACCGACGGCGACCUCGCCCUCUUCCGCAUCAUGGUCGGCCCUUCGCGUAGUAAUCGGAAGCACAUCAACUACAUGAUCUACCGUGUCCGUGCCGGCAUCAGCAAGCUUGAGGUGCUCCCCGCCCACCCCACCCGCUUGUUCGCCGACUGUUCACUUGCCCUCCUGCGCUGCCGCUGCCCCGACGACGGCAGGUUCUUGGUCGCCAAUCUCCGUUCGAUUUACUCCCGUGGGCAGUACGCCCUCGACCUGUUCGACUCCCGGUCAGGCACAUGGAGCACUAAGUCGAUGCAUGCUGAGUCGCCAGAGGACUGCUACUUCCGUACUCCAACCAAGGUGAUCGCCCUCGGUGGCGAUCGCGGUUCAAUCGGAUGGGUCGACCUCUGGAAUGGCAUCCUCAUCUGUGAUCUGCUCGCCGAUGAUGACCAAGUCCUCCGCUUCAUCCGUUUGCCCGUGCUUUCGGCGCCGGACAAGAUGAUCCCAGGACCUUUGGCAUGUGACCGGGACGUCUCUGUCGGCAGUGAUGGCUGCAUCAAAUACUCAGAGGUGUGGGCGAAUCCCUUGCCUGGCUCACAGAAUCGAGCCACCUACAUCUCCCAGGACUGGGGUGCUGCCAUACUGACAUGGCUGGAGCCCCAAAAGAAGUGGCAAAUCGACCUCAGCCUCAAAGCCUCAGACAUCAUUGUGGACAAGAGUCACCCCCAGUUGCUUCCUCAUCAUGUCAAGGCCACAACGAAGAAGCCAACCUUAAGCAGACUCCACGCAGGGCAUCCUGCCCUCAGCUUGCAUGAUGAUGGUGUUGUUUACAUCAUGACUAAGGUUGACCACAGGGAGGACGACUUGUGGAUGCUUGCUGUUGACAUGCGAAGCAAGACUCUGAAAGGAGUGGCUGGUCUCACCAGUAAAAGAACCAUGGGUUUUAGAUUCAUGUACUUGCAAAGUGACCUCUCCAACCAUCUGGUGGCCACAAGCAAAAAAACCGAGGUCUCCAACCAUCUGGUGGCCACAAGCAAAACCGAGACAUCCAAGAAUCUGCCCAAAAGCAAAAGGUCCUCACGCAGAAAGAAACGUGGUAAGAAAGAAGCUGUGAAGGCUCUUGCUAACAGCAAUGGUGUGGAUGUUGAUGCGACUCGGAGGGAAUCGCAGCAGUUGGUGCAACUUGCGGAACAAGAAGAACAGGAGCUGAGGAUACUCGAGGUGUUUUAGUAAGGCUUAUGGCAACUGAUGUGGCGUUGAAGGAACAUUUGCUGCAUGGUUCCAAGGUUGAGGAAAAAGAGACAUUUAAGGUUUAAGUGGGUGACUAUUAAUCUGCAUGAAUAAUCAGUAUUCUGGUGUUGUCUUUUCCUUCACCAGUUGAAUGUUGUUUUGUGUUUUAAUGUAAUCGUGUUAUCUACCUGUGACGAUGUAAAGUGGGUGAUGUGCAUGUUAUCUUGCCUACUUGAUGUUGUUUGAUCUCCGGGCUACUAGUUGUCGAGAUGUCUUAUGCCUCUUGUAACCAAGGUACUCCGUUCCAAAUUACUCGUCGCUGAAAUGGAUGUAUGAACUGCCUGUUCAUGUUUUUGUUUAGUCCGUCUUUA